AUGGAGGGAGCAGUGAAGAGACCAGAGGGGCUAGUGAUUACUCCUGUGGACCCAAGUUUCCUUCAAGAUAGCUCCCUUGCAGACAGCCCUGUGGCACCAGGCCCCACUAAGGAGGGAUUCGUUAGUGGCCUCAUUCAAGAGCCGAGUGUAGAUGGUGAGGAGUACGUGGAUAGCCCUCGGUACCCGUCGCCGCCAAGGGUCCCUGUGGAUGGUGCUGCGGAUGGGGCUGUGGAUGGGGCUAUUGGGGGUGGGAGUAACACGUGUGACAGUAACAAGAGUGAGGCAGAUUCAUGUGGCAGUAACGAGAGUGAGAGAAAUAUGUGUGACAAUAAUGGGGGAGAGGGGCGGCAAGGUGGGCAAUGUGGCGAGGGAGAGGAGGCGAGGGAGGAGGCGAGGGAGGAGGCGAAGGGGGAGGCGAAGGGGGAGGCGAAGGGGGAGGCGAAGGGGGAGGCGAAGGGGGAGGCGAAGGGGGAGGCGAAGGGGGAGGCGAAGGGGGAGGCGAAGGGGGAGGCGAAGGGGGACGCGAGGGAGGAGAGCGGUGGGCUGUGGGCGAAGCUAGUGAGUGGGCUGGGUGGCCUUGGGACAGGCGGCUGGCUUGGGGAGGUAGCAUUUGGGGGAGGCGUGGAGGUUAAGGGAGGGGAGGUGGCAUCAGGGGGUGGUUUGGAUGGUGGUGGGGGGGAGGUGGCAUCUGGAGCAGGAGUGGAUGGUGGUGGAGGGGAGGUGGGGCGUGAGUGUGCAAGGCGGAAUGUGGAGGGGAGAGAGGAGCACAAUGGUGGUGAUAGUUUGAGUGAGGGGAGUGAGGGGCGUGGUGAUGAUAGUUCGAAUGAGGGGAGUGAGAACAGUGGUACUUGUGGAAAUUGUGUGGUUGAGGGUAGUGAGAGUAAUGGGGAUAGGUUGAGUGAGGAGAGUGCAAGAGGGAACAAGGAGGGCGGGGCAGAGGGAGAAGAAGUAGCAGAGGGGACAGAUGGGCCAGAUGGGGCAGAGAAGGCAGAGGGGGGAGAGAGGGCAGAUGGGGGAGAGGGAGCAGAAGAAUCGGAGAGGAAUUGUCAGGGAGCACAGGCUGAGUUGAGAGGGGAACAGGGGGAGCUUGAGGGGGACAAGUGCCGGGAGGAAGACGGAUUAAGAGGGGAGGAAGGAGCGCGGACAGAGGAGGAGGAACAAGUCAGUAGAGCAGGGCGGAAUGGAGGAGAAGGGAAGGAUGUGGAGGAGGGAGCGAAUCAGCAUAGUCCCACGGGGAAGGUCGAGGAGGAGAGCCAUGAGGAGUUGCAGGUUACAACUGGUGCUGGUAAUGACUGGUGGAGGUGUAAUCGUGCGCAGGUAACGACUGGUGCAAGGAACAACGACUGCUCUCCCCUCUUCCCGCUCUCUCCCUGCUCCUCGUUCCUCCCUGCCCCUUCGUGCCUGCCUCUUGUCUCAAUUCCCCCCCCUUCUCCCCCUGCACACGGCCACUCAUUACCCGCAUUCGCUGCGUGCAGGGAUCGAAUCGCCACUGUGAGGGAGGAGGCAGCCAGACAGGCUGCCAAGCUUCUGACCCUCACUACGUUGUCCGCCGCCACGUCAGCAUCACUGCAAGCUGCCACAUCCGCAUCAUCAGCACCUGCCACGUCAGCAUGCCACUCGUCGCUGACAUGCGAACCAACACUUCCUGCCACGUCAGCAAGACAGGGCUCGGCAGGUCAUUCAGAAUGUGUGGAUUCAUGUGCAUCUGCUGCAUGCGAGCCUGCUGAACCCUCAUCUGUCGAACCUCAUUCUACUGCCUCCUCUUGUGCCGGGCCUCUUGCAGCAGACUUGUAUGCUGCCGAGCCUCACGGUGGUUCGGGCAACAGCAGCAGCAGCACUGUGCAUGGAGAGGGUGAAGCAAGGGGGGGCGAUGGGGCCAGCAAUAGGGGGGAGAGUAAUGGUGGGGAGAGCAGUUGUGGAGGGAAGCGGGGGGAUGGUGAGAGCGGGGGCAGUUGUGAGCAGCAGGGUGAGGAGAACAGGGUGCAUGAACACGAAAUGUUGCAUGAGAACAGGCUCUCCUUGCUGCCUUGGCGGGCCUCGCCUCGAGUCGCAACUUCCGCGACCGCCAAACGUUCGGCAUAG